CAGCAACCAGGAACCUGGAACUGGCAGUCGGAUCCUGAGCAGUGGGCAGGGUCAGUUCGACAGCAGUUGAAUGCCUGGCUCCUCUUGGUCUCGGAUGAAGAGGCGUCAUCUAAAGCCCUUGUAUCUCAGCACUCUGUAGGUGUCCUAGACAAAGCAGAGCAGCCCUGGGCCUGUCAGGGAAAACAGAGGCAGUUCCUGAAGGCAGUGACUCAGCCAGGGCGGCCUGCAGUGCUGGAGCUCCUGGUAGCCGAGCUCCAAACUCUGUUCGCAGCAGUGCUGCAGGAUGGCAGCCCUGCAGCUUGGUACUACAUGUACGCAGUGCUGGGUCUGCUGCCUCCGUAUCGUGCGCUGCUUGUUGGUCACCUUGAUUUGCUGCCUUUCCUGGAGCGGCUGUACCACUGGGCACCCUGGGUCCAGGCCCAGCUCCAGCUGGACCUGCUAGGUGCCAUAGACCAGGCCUUUCCCCGAGACACCUCUUUGUUAGAGGGCACCUCCCAUGUUGACUGCUAUCCCCAGAAGCAGAGGUUCCAUCACGGGCCCCCAUGCCCAGCCUGCCCUUUUGUGCAGGCCCGGUGGGGAGGGCAGCAAGUAGAGGAGGGGCUGGCCACAUGGCUACGACCAUUGACACUGCCUGAGCUACAGCACAGCCUGGGUAUUGUUGGUACUGAGGUGGCCCUGGAAGAGGCCCACUGGCUUGAUGGCCUUAGCCUCCUGCCCUUGGCACUAGCGACGGACAUCCCUGUACAGUAUGAAAGCAGUGACAGUGACAACGUAGAAGAGGAGCCUGUCGGAAGAAGAGAGACUAAGUCUCAGCUUGACUCGGAAGUUCCUGAGGAGGAGAUCUUCCAAAAAAGAAGCACUGGCUUCUUACCGCAGACUUCCCUCCUGGGUAGCCAGAUAAUGACCGUAAUGAAGACAGAGAGAUACCUGAAGAAGAUCCACUUCCUCUAUCUCAACGUGGCUCCCAGCCGCUACUUUCGACCUUACAGCCUGAUGGUGGUACCACCCAACAAGGUGAAUUCUGAGCACUACAUCUUCUCUCCCUUUGGGGUCCUGCACGUACAUCCUGUGGAGGGCAGUGAGGCAAUGACGCUGGGUACCUGGCACCACCGCUCUGUCCUCUGGCAACAGCUCCAGUUCAUUCCGUUCUUCAAGUAUUUCCUCUUACGCAAGGCCUUGGCCUGCUGGAAGAAGGGUGUGAAGUUGCAGAGGCUGCACCGGCACCGGACUUUCCUAGAGAAGCAUCUGCUCUUUGCCGUGCCCCACUUUGGAGUGGGGCUACUCCAUAUUAGCAGGCUUCUGCAGGAGCUGCGCUCUGUGUCCUGGCUCCCCCAUGAAGCAGAUCAGUGCUAUGAGUUGCUGGACCUGCGGCGGGCUCUAGCCAAAGAAAACCACAACGCUCUGCGGCUGCUCCAUCGCUGCCUGCAUCUCUGCACAUCCAUCCUUCAUCUGAUUCACGAGGAUACAUACCACAUGCAACAGGGCCUGCAGGAGCAAGUAAAAAGCUGCAAGAGGAUCAGGCCAGGCCAGGGCUCCCUAUACCUUCAGAGGGUGCAGUGCCAGCAGCUGCAGCAGAAGCUGAAGCAAGCAGAAGCCUGGUUGCUGCAGAUGGGACAACUGGCCCGCCUGGUAGACUACAUGAUUUGCCAGAACCUCGUGUCCAUCAUAGAGGACGAGAUAACCUCUUUUGUGGCCAACAUCUUGCAAGCCCCAAGGCAGAAACCCUUUCUCUCAGCGCAGCUGGUCUUUGACAGUUGUGGCCAGCUGUCACAUGAGCCCUGUAUUGAAAAUAUGAUCCAGAUUAUAACUGGGGGCCUAAGGUCUACGAAGGUCUCUGCCCUGAAGGUAAUGCAGUGUACAGACCCGAAGACCUUCUGGGAUUCCCUGUAUUUUGAAGAAGAACACGAAGAGGAGGACUCGUACACGGACUUCAUGAUGCCCAAGUUCCAGGGCCAGCCCAGCGACGCUGUGGACAUCUUCUGCGGUCCAAGUAUAGGAUUGGUGUGGCCCUGGAAGUCUCACACAGUUACUGAAGCCCUGGAGGUCUGUGGGCACCGGCUGCGUGGUCAGUACUUGCCCCGCAAUUAUAAGCAGCUGCAAGAGGAUCUGGACAACAGCCCUCGAAUCCAGCAGGCACUGGCUGUACAACAGGCCCUGCUGGAGGGCAUGCUGCGGGAGGUGCAGGAAUUCUGCAGGGACCAUCACUGGAUGAAAGGCAUUUAUGAGUUCCUGCAAGCCUGGGGGCCUCAGAAACUGGAGUCUAUGAGAGGUUGUCCUGUCAAGAACUACGCGAUGCUGGUGAGCUGCCUAAAUGGUUGGCAGGCCCGUGUCUCCAGCAUACCUAUGGAGCUGAUCACAAAAGGCAGGUUGCUGCUGCUGAGCUGCCGUGACAUACAGGUAGAGAUGGAAUCCAAGCUGGGGAGCAUCAGGAAGGACAUUCUUGAACAGAUACAGAACGAAUGCCGGAGCCGCGGUCAGCAGCUAAUAACAGAGCUCACAGAUUUCACGAAGGCCUUCCAAACCAUCAACUCAGACAUCCACGCCCUCACGUGGUGCUCCCAGAAGCUAAAUGAGGCCAACGAGCGGUACACAGAGCUGGAGGAGCGAAUGGAAUAUACGCGGUCACUCUAUGAGCUCGUCCGCAGCCACUCUGGCGUCUUCAGUGCUGAGAAUGAGGCACUGGACAUCUCGGUGAGAAGGCACUCUCCCAUCUCGCCCAGUGCCCCUCCCCCAUAACCACCUCUGCCUGACUGCCCUCUGCCUGCCCCGCAGCUUCUGGACACAUGGGAGUCAUUCCAGUUUGAGAAAAGCCAGGCCUCAGGGUUCCUGCUCAGUGAGCGACAUGCCACCGUGCCUAAGCUGCAGCAGCUGAUGGCGACGGCGCUGGCGGAGCUGGAGGGCCUGAUUGGGAAGGCCCUGUCUGGCCCCUUCAUGGACCCUGCGCAGGAGCAGAGGAGCACUGAACGCCAGCUCGUCUCCCUGGAGCGUCAGUUCCAGAACACAGCCAGUGGCCUCAGUGAACUGCACCACGCCUACACCACCCUCACUGGGGAUGAGAGUCCUGUGCCCUUGCCAGUCUGUGGGAGCCGUCCUAUUGUGCAGCAGCAGCGCAUCUGGCACCUGUACCGAGUCAUCUCUGAAAAUAUCAGCGAAUGGAAAUGCAUGGCUUUUGCCAAGUUCAAUCUGGCUAUGGCCCAGGAGAAGACAGAUGGCUGGCUGACAGAGGCAGCCCAGAUGACUGCAACCCUGGGGCUGCACAGCCCAGUUCUGCAGCGCUGCAUGCACAUGCUGGAGGAGUUCCGCAGCCUCCUGCCAUCGCUCACCAGGCUGGGCAGCCUCCAGCUGCAGAACGUCAACUUCCAAGCCCUUCUGCGAGGCUUAGGGUUAGGCGAUCUCCACAACAUAGAGCUCCUAACAGUGGGCCAGCUGCUCUCUUGUCCCCUGCUGGAGUUUACAGAUCGAAUCAAACAGAUCUGGCGGUGUGAAAACAUACGGACUCAUGCCCAAGAGGCCCUACUGCAGCUGCAGCGGACCUGGGAAGCACGACAGCUGCGACUGCUCAACUUCAUCCUUCAUGUGCCGUAUGAGCCCCCAGCUUCAGAGCGCUCCAAGAGACAAGCUCCCCGCAGCCCCCAGUGGCAGGUAGUGGGCAAGGAUAGUGGCACCUUCAUCCUUUCAGAUUACAGCAACCUGCAGGAUUCUAUCCAGGAAAGUCUUCAGGUGUUGUUCAAGAUCCUGGCCAUCCAGAAGUCAGGAGACUUAAACAAAAUGGCUUUGGAGUGGGUGACUAUCAUGCAUGGCCUGAGUGCCCUGCUGCAGGUGUGGGUGACUUUCCAGCAGAAGUGGAUCUUUUUGAAUAAAGUUCUGCAUGAGAUGAAGAUCCAGUUUCCUAGUUCUGACCUGCGCUCCCGUUUCGAGGCCAUGGAUGAGCAGUAUCGGACCCUGAUGAGGAUCUCUGUAGCUGACCCCCUGGUUCUGUCACUUAUAGUGCCCAGUGCCAAGCGGAGCCCUUCUUUCCAAGGCCAGCAGCUGCAACAACUGCUGCAAGCGGGCUCCGUGGAGCUGGAGGGCAUCAUCGUGGCUCUGGAGAGCGUGCUCUAUGCCAUGUGUGCUCACUUCCCCCGCCUCUUCUUCCUCAGUGGCAGUGAGCUGGUGGCCCUGCUAGCUGCCCCGCUGGAGUCCUGUGAGGCCCAGCUAUGGGCACGACGCUGUCUUCCUCACGUGCAUGCCGUGAGCUUCAAGUCCAGCCGAACUGAUAGAAACACGGAUGACCGGGAGUCAAGCCCAAGUCCACAGACGCAGGUGGAGGCACUUGCAGUGCUCGGGGCAGGUGGGGAGGAGGUGAAGCUGCCGGGGUCCCUUCCUCUGCAUCCAGAUCUCCCCAAGUGGCUGGCCUCCCUGGAGGAGGGUCUGCGUCUGGCCCUGGUGCACAUGCUGCAGGACUGUGUGGCUGCCCGUCUUGCUCUGGGCCCGUCCCUAGACAAGGCCUUCAGGCAGCUGCCCCAGCAGAGCCAGUCGCCCCCGCAGAUGUAUGUCCAGCACUGGCUGGACCUAGUCCAGGCCUUCCCGUGGCAGUGUGUGCUGGUGGCAGAGGAGGUGGUAUGGCGGGCCAACAUGGAGGAGGCUCUGCUUGAAGGGAAGGCCCUGGCCGCGGUCCCCAUGCACGUGCGCAAGCUUGAGGUACUGGUGAAUUUUUUGCGGGCCCAGAGGGCCUCUCAGGGUGAGCAGCCCCUGCCCUCUGUCCGCCAGACCAGCCUGCUCAGUGCCCUGUUGGUCAUGACAGUGGCUCACCGGGAUAUAGCACAGCUGCUGCAGGAGCACCAGGUCAGAGAUCUGACGGACUUCCACUGGGCCCGCCAACUCAAGUACCGCCUGGCUUCACCCCACACCGCUCCCCAAAGCCCCCUGCAGAGUCCCAAGUCUCUCGCACCUACUGAGACUUCUCUGUCACCAGCUGCAUGCUGGAUAGAUGUGCUGGGUCGGUCUUUCCUGUACAAUUACGAGUACCUGGGUCCCAGACUGGGGUCUCUACCCAGCCUGCUUCCUGAGCGGCCGGCCCUAGUGCUGUUAUUGGCCCUGGAAGAGGUGGCCUGUGGGACCCUACUGGGCCCUGAUGGUGUGGGCAAGGCAGCUACGGUGAAGACGCUAGCGCAGGCCCUGGGGCGCCAGCUGGUGGUGGUGCCCUGCUUGCCUCAGAUGGAGGCCCAAAGUCUGAGCAAUUACCUGAACGGUGCCCUGCAAGGUGGUGCCUGGCUGCUGUUAGAAGCAGCUCAGCACUUGCCCCUUGGCUUACUCUCUGCCCUGGGCCAGCGCUUGGCCAAACUGCGCCACCUCUAUGCCCCAUUGUACCAGGAAGCUUCCCGAAGUACCAGCACCGUCGACCCCACCCACCCCCAGCUCCUUGGCAGUGGCUUCUUUGAGAACCAUCACGUGGACAUGCGCCUUGGCUAUGGCUGUCUCCUGACACUGCGUGCCCUGAGCCCUGCCAUGCCUGCCAACCUGCGCCAACUACUGAGGCCUGUGGCAUUGACACUGCCUGACCUGCGGCAAGUGGCAGAGCUGACCCUGCUGGGUGUGGGGAUACGGGACGCCUCCCGCAUGGCUACCCGCCUAUCCAAAUUCUUCUCCCUUGAGUGUGAGCUGGUGUCUGGGCCCCUGCCCUGCCGCUUGCCCCUGCUCAAGAAGGUGCUGGAAGACAUGAUACAGGCUCUAAACGUGACCAAGGAGGAUCCCGAGUCCGAGCAGCCCCGCAGCCUAGCCGCCAUCGAGGAGGCCACCCUGCUGCGUGCCCUGCUGCGCUCCCCACUGUUCAGCAUCCUGGAUGGGGUCCACCUGCACAACCUCCAAAAGCUGCUCUGUGGGCUCUUCCCUACCGCCAACGAGGUGCUGGCAGAGCCUAUAACCCCCAGGCUGAGGAAGUCACUGCUGGUGGAGGAGUUGCAGCAAGGAGGCCUGCAUCCCAGCCCUGAUAUUUUGGGGUCCCUGGAGCAGCUGAGUCAGGCCCUGGGCCAGGCCUCAGGUGUUUUGCUCCUGGGCCCCGCAGGCAGUGGCAAGACCACGUGUUGGCGCAGCUUAUUUAAGAUCCAGAAUCGGUUGGCAGCCAUGGAGGACCCCUCAACCCAGAGCUGCCAGCCUGUGGAAAUUGCUCACCUGUAUCCCAGUGUCCUCAGCCCCCAGGAGUUCCUGGGAUGGCUGGAGGGCCCCUGCUGGCACCAUGGUGUCUUCCCCAGGCUGCUUCGUGAAGCCAGUCGGUGUAAGACUGUGGGCCCAAGGGGGCAGGUGCAGGAAUCAGUGGGGAUUCAUCACUGGAUAAUAUGUGAUGGGGCUUCCAGUGCUGCUUGGCUGGACUCCAUCACUUGCCUCCUGGGUGACCCCCCGCAGCUUAGCCUCCCCAAUGGUCAGCAAAUAGCACGAUCCCCAGGUACUUUUCUUUUGAUGGAGGUGGGAGAUGCAACUGACAUGUCUCCCACAGUGGUGGGCCGUUGUGCCCUAGUCUGGUGCGGUGGGGAGCAGACUUGGCGGGGUAUGCUGAGCGUCCUGAUGGCAGCCCUGCCCCGGGAGUACCGCCUGCAGCUCCAGACUGUCACUGAACUCAACCACCUGGCAGAAGUGCUGGUGCCUGCAACAUUCCGAUUCCUUACCUGCCAGGGUGCCAGCUCUCUGCUGCAGGUACACGGGCAGCAGGCCGUUUGCCCAGGUGUGGCUGAAGUCACCAGCUUGGCCCGCAUCUUGCGUUGUCUGCUUGACCCACACCUGCGCAUAGAUGAGAAGAAGGCACAUAUCCCAGAGGACCUCAGCUAUAGUGAUCCUGUGGCCCGAAGCUUCAAGUCUUCGAAAAGCAGCUCUCUGCACCGGUACCAGGUUGACAGUGACGCUGUGCCUAGUAAGCGCAGGGAGCACUUGCUGGCUGUCAGCAGCUUUCUUUUUGCUUUGAUCUGGGGCUUUGGAGCCCACCUUCCCUCCAGGCUCUGGCCCCUCUUUGAUACCUUCCUGAGGGAUUCUAUUAGUUGCCUCUCCAACUACCCUGAGCUACCAGCCUCAGCCUUGGUGUUUGAUCUACAUGUAUGCCCUGAAGAUGGGACGCUGGCCCCCUUCACUGGCCAAUACCUGGGCAGCCGCAUCAAGGGAACUCAGGGCACCUUCAACCCUUCUCCUCAGACCGAACGGCUCUUGUACGUGGUGGACCUGCUUCUGUCAGAGGGACACCCGGUGCUGCUGGCUGGAGAGGCAGCCACGGGGAAGUCAGCCUUUGUGGAGGUGCUAGUGGAGCCACAGCACCCUUACACGUCCAGCCCCAUCCACCCUGCCGUCAGUCCCACCCACCUUCGCCUCCUGCUGAGCCGGGGGGUCCAGGGCCAAUCACAGGCCAGCCCGUGGCCUGGGCGGCACGUGGAUUCCAAAGGCUUUCUCCUCUUCCUGCUGGAAGAUCUGCACCUGGCUGCUUCCGACCCAGAGAAGAGCUGUCAGCCAGUGUUGGAGACUCUGCGCCAGGCCAUAGACGGCACCGUGUAUGCCCACAGAACCUUGGAAGUGCAGACGCUACAGCCUAUAGUCAACUUCCUCGCCACUGCCACAGUGCCAGGCUUCUGCGAGCUCCCGCUGUGCCCACGCCUCUCUCGGCGCUUCACCGUGCUGGCCCUGGGCAGCAUGACCCUGGCCACGCUGCUGAGCAGGCACGUGCCCAGCAUCCAGGCCUGGCUCGAAAGCUUCCCCUCUGUGGAGCGGGAGAGUGUUCUAGCAAGAGCCCUGGUCCGGGCCUCGGUGGAGGCCUGGGAGGCGGUGGGCAACUGCUUUCUGCCCUCACCCCUCCGCCCACACUACCGCUUCUCCCUGCACUCUGUGAGCCAGCUGCUGGGCAGCAUGCAGCUGCUGCCCAUCAGGGUGGGCUCCCGGGGUUUUGUGGAUUGUCCCAACCACCAGGAGCACCUGCGCCAGGUGUCCGGCCUACGUGGCACCCGCCUGGCAGUCAUGACGGCCACACGCAACAUAGUGCGUCUUUGGUUGCAUGAGGCACAGAGAACCUUUUGCGACCAGCUGGACAGCCCCAGGGAACGCUCCUUCUGUGCCAACCUGCUCCUAGAGGUAGCUCAGAAUGUUUUCUGCUGUGGGCCAGCGCCCCAGAGCUUGGGCAAGGGCUAUGAGGAGGAGGAGGAGGAAGAGAAGGUGCCUGAAGUGGAAUCCGAAGGGGAGCUGGCCCAGUGGGAGGACUUGAGCAACAGCAGCAGUGAGGCCGAGGAGGAGGAGGAGCCGUACGGCCUUCAGGUCUGCCCAGGCUCCCUGUCCAAUGAUUCAGCACCGUCCAGCGCACCAGUAAAGAGGGUGACCACAGGGAGCUUAAGUCAGAGGAGAAGCCAGGAGGAAGGCACAAGGACCUACAGCUACAAACUCCGGCUGAGUAGUAGAUCCAAGAACUGGAGGCAGAAGACAACCCAGGUAGACGCGAUCUCCCCCCUGUUGCUCCCAGUGCUCUGUCCCCAGGAAGAGCCCUCAGACCUGGUCUUCAGUCAGGAACUGAUACUACGGUCCAACUCGGAGAGCUCCAACUUGUACCUGGAACGGCAGUGGGUGAGCCUGGAGGAGCAGCUGGCCACAUCAGCUGCUCAGCUGCAGCUGAGCCCCCACCUGGCCCGGUGCCGCUCAAUGGCCCAGCAUGUGGCCCGCCUGGUCCGGGUGCUAGCCAGGCCCAGGCAGCAUGGCCUCCUGCUCUCGGGGGCUCAGGGGACUGGGCGCCGUACUGCCGUCACUCUGGCUGCUAGCAUUUGUCAGGCCCGCCUCUUCCAUCUGCCGCGUGGAUCAGAGGAGGCCAUUCUCCAGUGUCUACGGGAUGCCAGCUGGCAUGCUGGCAUGUUAGGCCAGCCAGUGGCCCUGCUGGUGCCCAAGGGUGUGGAUCUCACUACCCUUCAUCGCCUGCUGGCCCUGGCAACCUCAGGCAGGUUCCCUGACCAGUACACAGAGGCAGAUCUGGACAACAUUGAAGAACACCUCCCCAGGGACGACCUUAGUGUCAAGCAGCACGUCACGAAGGAAAUGCUGUUGCAGAGGUUCUACCAGCAGGUGUGCAGCCACCUGCACAUGUUCAUCCUGAUCGGAGAUGACCAGGCCCACAAACAGCUGCCUUCCACCCUUUUCCUGAGGCUCCUUCAACUGGCCAUCGCCAGCACUGACUGCUAUGAACCCUGGGACCAAGAUUCCCUGGUCAGUGUGGCCCAGCACCACCUGGAGGGUGCUCAGAGCCCGCCGCUUGAUGACGACUUCUUGAAGUGCCCAGAUCUUCAGGCCUCAAUUCCCAGUGUGGCCAAAUCCAUGGCUCUCAUCCACCUUUCGGCUGCCAGCUACCACGGGCACCUGUGCCCGGAGUUGCCUCUCGUCACCCCCAAGACCUUCCUGGACUUCCUGGACAACUUUGUGCUGCUGCAGCAACAGAUGACCCUGCAGACUAAGACCAAGGCCCAGCGGAUCCAGGACGCCCUGGGAAAGCUGAGGAUGCUGAUUGAGCAGCACAGUGCCCACGCCAACCUGGUCGUCAGCUUGGAGCAGCAGCUGGAAGACUCCUGCAAGAGCCUCGGCAGACUGCAUCAGCAGCUAGACCAAAACAAGCUUCUGCACAAGCGGCAGCUGGCAGAGUGUCGGCAGCAGGAGAAUCUCAUUGAGAACCUGACCAAGCAGCGGGAUGCCCUGCGGGCUCAGCAUGAGGCUCUCCUGGAGCAGAUGGGCAAGGCAUUCCUGGGGCCCCUGAGCCAGCUGCAGGUGGCUGACUUUGAGGAGAUACGGAGCUAUCGAGCGCCACCAGAAUCUGUGGUCCAGGUGACGGAUGCUGUGUGUGACCUCUUCCACCGCGAAACGGGCUGGGCCAGUGCCAAGCAGCUGUUAUGCACUGAGGAUUUUUAUCAGGAGCUGGUGUUCUUCCCCAAGGAAAAGAUGACAGACUCAGAGAUGAUAAAGUUAAACCUAGCUCUGAAGGCUCCAGGCAUGAGCGAUGCAGCCUUGCGGGCAGUGAGCACACCUGCAGCACGGCUAGCUGCCUGGCUCCGGGCCGUUCUGUGCUAUGGGCUGGCGCAGCGCCGAGGACUGCCCACGGGCCUGCUGUUGCGGCAGGUGGAGGCGACACUGGCUCGGGAGCAGGCCCGCCUGGGCCAGUACCAGUUCCAGGCCCAGGAGAUCCUAGUGUACAGUUUGGCCCUGUCCAAGAAGCUGGAAGAUGCCCAGGCUUCCCACAAGCAUGUGGCAGAGAAACUCGGUCAGGCUCAGUGUGGCCAUCACCACAAGUGGCCCAUCAAGGCUGCACUGCUCACGCCCAUGCAUUCCUGGACUACAGAGCUCCAGAAGUUGAAGGGGCACUGCACGACUGUGUUCGGAGAUGCUGUCUUGUGUUCAGCUGCCAUCAGCUACCUGGGUCCCUUCCCACCAAUGCGGCGCCAGGAGCUGCUCGACAAGUGGCUGGCUCUCUGUAGGGGCUGUCAGGAGCCGCUGGGCCCAGAUGACGUGGCACAGGCACUGAAGCAGAUGCAGAAAUCUGUCAUCACGCCACCAAAGAAACCCCUGCUCUCCACACGCUCUCCCUUCAACCUUCUGGCCUUGCUGAGCUCUGAAUCGGAACAGUUACAGUGGGACCGAGACCUGAAGCCCCAGGCAAAGUCAGCCCGCCUGGCAGGCCUGCUUCUGCGAAGUCACACUCACUACUUCAGUUGCCGUUGGCCCCUGCUGCUUGACCCCAGCAACCAGGCCCUCAUCUGGCUGAAUCCACUGCCUCUAGAAGAGGCUGGAUGCUUGGCCACAGGUCCCACCAAAGGCAAAGGGAAGGGCUUCAAGAGAAAUCAAGGAAAAGAGUCUAAAGAGGAGGACACGGGAGACGAAGAUGAUGAGAGCGAUGAGUGUUAUAAGACAAAAGAACAGAAGGCAGGAGAAAGGGGAAUCAAGAAGAAGAACCAGGAAGAGGAAGAGCCUCAGGAGCAAGAGGAGAAAGAACAGGAGGAGGGGGCGGGGACUGCGACUCAGUCCCCGCCCCCUCCUGAACUCCGAGUCCUCUCAGGUGCUGACCCAGAGCUGGGGCCUCAGCUCCAGGAGGCAGCUGCCUGUGGCCUGCCGGUGCUACUGACCAACAUGGAGCUGGGCCUAGAGUGCCCAGAACUGCAGUGGCUACUGCAGCGGGAACAGCUGUGCCCACCCCAGUUGCAGCCUGGCUUCUGUCUCUAUCUGAGUACUACCCUUCCCCUCAGUUCUUUGGAAAAAGUGCUAGGCUGUGAAUUGCUGAAAGGGCUGAAUGUGCUGGACCUGGGCAUGAACAUGGAACUCCUAGAAGAACAGAUGCUGCGUGAGAUCUUGUGCACAGAGCGUCCUGAGCUUGAGAGCCACUGGCAGGACCUGAGGAUCAGAUUCCUGGACACCUGGGAAGCUGUGGAGGCUGCUGAGGAGCGGCUGCUGACGAUGCUGCUGCUCCAGAACCCAAGGCAUCAGAAACCAGCCAAGUUCCUGCGAGACAUGGUGAGGGCCCAGGCAGAGCUGUGUCGGCUGCGUGCCCAAUUCGAGGAGUUAGAAGAGCUGAGGAUGCAGGAGGUGGCAUUGUGGGCACCCUAUCGGCAUGUGGUCUGGCAUGGCAUGGCCAUUAUAAAGGCUCUUAGCUCACUGCAGAACCUGCAACCGCUUUUCCGUAUGAGUCCAGAGAAUUGUCUGGCAGCCACCAAGCGGGCUCUGAACAGCAUGAAAGGUGAGAUUCAUCAGCAGGAAGAACUACCCUGCCAUCUGCUGCAGUUAAAAAGACAGCUGACCCGCCAGCUACUGGGCAGCACUGUCGCUACACUGGGCCUGACCCAAGUACCCUUGGUGGGUGCCUUGGGUGCUCUGGCUCUGCUGCAAGUGGCAAGGAAGGCACCAGAGCUGGAGAGGCUGGCCCUCUGGCCUGGACUGGCAGCCUCUCCCAGCACAGGCUACAGAAAACCAGUCCCAGGUGUGGCUCGACCGGCCUGGCUAGGGCUGAGAGCCUGGCACGAAUGUGAGAUGUUAGAGGUACUGCCCCCAUUUGCUGGGCUGUGUGCAUCCCUGGCAGGCCACGCCAAUGUUUGGCAGGCUUACUUGUCACUGUCAUCCACAGUGCUGGGUCCUGCACCGGGGCCUGGGACUGACCCAUUCAGCCUCCUCCAGAAGCUGAUCCUGUGGCGUGUGCUGCGACCUGAGUGCCUGGCCAGUGCUCUGGCAACCUUCACCACCAGCCUCCUGGGCCGGCCCCUGGAUGAAAACCUGCGUGCUCCCACCAUACCUUUUGAACACAGUCGGGCUACUCAGCCCACGCUGAUUUUGUUGCCACCACCUGGUCACCCCACAGCCACUGUGCAUCCCCUGACCGUCAUCCAGAAACUGGCUGCCAAACAUGAGCAGGGGCAGAAGCAUCUGAAGGUGAUAGCUCUGGGCUCUGAAGCCUGGGACCCGGUCUCGGUUGUGGUCAGCAUUCUCCGCAAGGCUAUGCACAGCGGGCACUGGCUGGUGCUGGAGAACUGUCAUCUGAUGCCUCGCUGGCCAAAAGAGCUGCUACAGCCCUUGCUGGGGCUGUUGGCCAGAGCCAAGGUGGUCUCUGACCUGGAGUUAGAACCGCUUUUCGCUCAACAAGCAAGAGAGAACGUGGCCACUGUCCACAGAGAUUUCCGUCUUUGGCUUAUCGUGUCUGCAGAGGCUAUUGCUUCCUUACCAGCUGUGCUGACUCAGCACUCCAUGCCUAUUUUCUGGGACCAGUCCCUGGAGCUGUCCCAUGUCUUGGUCGACAGUGUGGAGCUAGUCCAGCAAGGACUCUGUGUGCAGCCCGCAGCCAGGGUGCUGCCUCUGCUCCUCCUACAUGGCCUCCUGCUACACCGGCAGUGCUACGGAAUGAAGCUGCAGGCUCACAGGGGGUGCUGGAGUCAAGUGACGCUGACCCAGGUCCUGCAGAUCCAAGACCAGCUGUGGGCCAGCCUGAGCAAUCCCAAAGCUGCCAUGCAGGAGCUGGCUGCUUCAGUUUUCUAUGGGGGUCCUGUGGGAGACGAAAAGGACAGGGAGGUCCUGACUAGCCUCACGCAAGCCUGCCUGAGCUCCAGCAGCGGGAACCGGGCCCAAGCACACACACCCCAGUAUCUGCUGGCCACUCUGAUGCCCAGCCCGGAACUAGGGGAGCCGGAUGCUAUGGAAGAGUGCAAGGCCCAGAUGCACCUACUGCCCACGCCACCUGAACCCCGGAUCUGUGGACUGAGUGCUGGCCCCCAGACCUGGCUGCUGCGACGCCAGAGUCGCGCUGUCCUGAGCGCGCUGCAGCGGUGUUCGCCCACUUGGGUUCCGGCGGCCCGUGGAGGCUCCCGGCGCUCGGAAAGGCGGCUGCGACAACGCCUGGUGCAAGCCAAGCGGAGGCUGGAGUCAUUGCAGGCUCUGCUGACAGAGACCACUCGUCAAGCUGAGUCUGGCGCGGGGUGGGGGGAGCUGGGGCUGAGUGCGCCGCGGCCGCUGGAGGGCUUCCUCAAGACGGAGGUGCUGGAACUGAGCCAGCUGGUGGGCGCGCUGCAACGGGACCUUGAUUGCCUGUUGCAGCAGCUGAAGGGCGCGCCCCCGUGUGCCUCCCGGCGCUGUGCAGAGGUGGCUCACGCUCUCUGGACUGGCCGCCUACCCUCGCCUUGGCGACCUCACGCGCCUGCCGGGCCUCAGCCGCCCUGGCACUGGCUGCGACAGCUGUCGCGCCGUGGGCAGCUGUUGGUUCGCUACCUAGGUGUGGGAACCCAAGUACCAGAGCGCAUCUUUCACCUGUCAGCCUUUUGCCACCCGCACCGCCUGCUGCUGUCACUGCGUUGGGAGGCUGCCUUUGCUGGGGUUGACCUGACGAAUUUCCCUGGUUGCCAAGGCUCUAGCUCCAGUCAGCUCCCACAUAAACGUCAGGAGCUAAACAGCCCUCUGCACCUCCAGGUGGUGAACGGCCCAAACCCAGAGGUUCCAGAGGUGGGGCUGCUGCUGACUGGGCUACAGCUCCGGAACGCCGAAUGGGACCCGCUCGCAGGGGUCUUGCAGGACAGUUCUUCCAGUCAGCCCAGCCCCCUGCCUCCGGUCAGAGUCAGCGCCCAGGCCCCGGGGGCCAAUGACGUGCCACCCCCAGCUGGCCUGGCCGUGUAUUCCUGUCCUGUGUACUUGGAAGGGCCCCUCGGCACCACUAGGCUGCACAGCAGGAAGAUCCUGAUGCACCUGCCCCUGCCCACGAAGCUCAGCCCCGCCACCUGUGCCCAACGGAGAGUCCAUGUGUGCAGCCCACCGUUGCCCUGA